CGGUACUACUAAUUGUAAUAGUAACUGCAGUGGCGGGAAGAUUUCUUGUUUUCUUUUUUGUUUUAAGUUUUUUCCGCGUUUGAAAACAAAAAUAGCAAGAUGGCGCCCGACGCCGAGAAACCACAGCCAGAGACGAGGAUCUGCGCACUUGGCAGCCAUCGGCUGAGGUCCCCGUUUCGAACCAUCAGCAAUGAGACGCUGCGUAACUUCGCCAGGCUCCUGAAUAAUGACAUCAACAGCGAAUCCCUUAUUUGCAAGAACUGCUACAGCACCCUCUUUAAACUCUAUAUGCGGAAGGUCAGCAAUGCCAAAAAACAUAAGCUCCAGAAGAUGGCGGAAACUGUUUCGGAUGUAAGCAGUCAGCAGGCUGAUUCCUCAUCAGAUCCCAGCUCCAUAAUGCCGGAGCCGCUGGGGAAGGCUAUGUUGCCCUCCAAUCUAAGUUCUGUCAUGGAGACCUCUGCCCGUACAAGUGCUGUUUGGCCUGGUGGAAUCCAUCAUAUCUCCAGCCAGUCAUCCGACGACAUGCCCACUACCAGUGCUGCGGCGGCCAAGAAGAGACAACGCUCGGAAAAGAACGAUGAUAUGGCGCCACCUCCGCAAAGGCCACGUUCUGACCUGGCCACCCACGACGCAUCCGAGGACGACUACGCGCCCAAUUCGAAUCUUAGCCUGAACGCCGUCAAUGGCACGAGGCUUCCCCACAUCCAGCCAAUCCCACGAAGACGACCCACUCGGCACCUCAACAAGGAGGCAAUGGACAUUUACUUGCAGGGCACGACGGGCGGAUAAGUCAUUUCUUAGUUUAUAGGUUUAUGUAAUGCAUGUAUGUAAGAUUGAAUCGACCUUAUUGAAAUUAUAGAAUAAUUGUUCUUUGUCCUUUUUGUGAAGACUUUAAUAAAUAUGU